AAAGGGAUUUUAGGGCUGUUGAAAUCCGAUUUGAUUUAAAGAUCAAAUUAAUCUAAAGCUAUAAAUGCAAUCAAAUCGAUUAGACAGCUUGAAAAGGAAUGUAUCCCGGAGAUUAAAUCAGAUCUGUAGCCAUAAAUGAAUUCAGAACUGUUGAGUGUAGAUUUCAGGCUGCACUUUAAAACAAUCCAAAUUUGCCGAGCAGCAAUAUGCUGUAAUUUACCGAGCAGAAAGAUGGCUGUCCAGAGCUUUCUGGCAGGGGAAGGCUCUGGGCUAAUUAAUAAAAAUUAACUCAUUUGCUUUAAAAAACACCUAGUUGAAAGAGUCAAAUACAAGAUAAUUAGUUUGAUUUUCUAUUUAUUUAGUUAUUUUACAAUUUAUCUUCGUCAAUGUCCGCACAUGUUGACCUUAUCUGUUGGGUAUCCAUUUAAUCAUUCAAUGAAAGCACAAUGUGAAACUCUAUGUAUAAAUCCUCCAUUGUCCAUCGAUACUCUGCAUUGUCAAUCUGGCCAGUCGUCAUGGCAAAGAAGGGUUCUUGUAGUUUGUCGAUAUUGUGUUUUGCAGUCCUCUUUCUUAGCCUCUGCAAAUGCCAAGGUUUGGAUGGAACUCUCGGGAGAAAGCCCAUCAAGGGAAAAAAAUCUGUAGGUUUCUUUGAGUUACACAAGGGCAAUCUGCACAUCAACCUUACCAACUGGGGAGCUACUCUAGUCUCCCUCAUGACUCCUGAUAAAAAUGGGCAUCUAGCAGAUGUACUUCUUGGAUAUGAUUAUUUGGCCUCAUAUCAAAACAUAAGCUCCAGUAGACCUCAUUUUGGUGCCACUAUAGGCCGGGUAGCUAACAGGAUUAAGAAUGCACAGUUCACACUUGAUGGGAAGACAUAUCAUUUGGUUGCCAAUGAUGGGAAUAAUUCAAUUCAUGGAGGAAGGAUAGGUUUUGACAAUGUGUUGUGGGAAGUCAAGGAAAUCAAGGGUGGAAGCAAACCAUCUAUUAAGCUUGCUUAUCACAGCUUUGAUGGUGAAGAAGGAUUUCCUGGUGAUCUAGAUGUAUUUGCCACAUAUACUAUAAGCAAUGAUAUGGAGUUGAGAAUAGAUAUGGAGGCAGUACCAAGGAACAAGGCCACUCCUGUAAGCCUGAUCAAUCAUGCUUACUGGAACCUUGCAGGGCAUGACAGUGGAAGGGACAUACUUGACCAUUCUGUAAAAAUAUGGGGUUCACAUUAUACUCCCACAGACAAGGUCCUGAUUCCUACAGGCCAGAUCUUGCCUGUAAAAGGAACUCCUUUGGACUUAAGGAAAGAGACUGUUAUCAAGAGCAGAAUUAAUAAGGUCCCAAGCAAUGAGGUUCCUCCUGGGUUUGAUCACAAUUAUGUUCUUGAUAGUCCCAAGUCAAAGAAGGGGCCAAGAGUUGCAGCAAGAGCCAAGGAUCCAUGGAGUUCAAGAGUGCUUGAAGUGUGGACAAGUGCACCUGGAUUGCAGUUCUACACAAGCAAUAAUCUCAAGGACACAGUGGGCAAAGGAGGCGUGAUAUACAAGCCACAUUCUUCAUUCUGCUUUGAGAGUCAGGCAUUUCCUAAUUCUGUAAAUCAGCCAAACUUUCCAUCUGUGAUUGUGCAUCCAGGCCAGGUUUACAAGCACACCAUGGUGAUCAAAUUUUCAGUUGAUCUGUAGUCAACAAUUAGGCUUGGUUUCAUGGCCUGACAAUCAAAGGGCAUAGAAUCCACACAGACCAUUUGAAUCGCUUUAAAAUGUCUUUAAUGGGUAGUACUAAAUAAAGAAAGAUGGUUAAUUGGUGGUCUGAAA